AUGGAUUGGAAUGUCCGCCUCCCCACGGACUCGGUGGAGCGCCGUCGCCUCCAGAACCGGCUCGCGCAGCGCAAAUUCCGAGAAAAGAAACGGCGAGCAGAUAGCGCCCGCACUGACCCGCCAGGUGCAUCGGAGCAGCUGGCAAGCAAUCAUGACUCCAUUGCAGGCGUGUUCUCCGACAAUGUCACCAUAACUCAGAGCCAAGUCCCGAGUUACAACACGGGGUCGGAUGUAGAUUGGAUCGACGUCGAUGCAAUCGACCGCAUGUUGUCCAGCACUGAGCAUCAUCUCUCACUGCCUGCGUCAGAUAGUUCAUUAUGGCAACUCCCCUUUACAACACCAAGCACGGGGGUCACCGACCGUGCCAGCGUGCCAUCACUGAGCGGAGCAACCCGCAGCUCAGCAGAGCGGAAUAAGGCGCCAUCUCGGUCCAGCGACGCCCAAGUGCUUGCCCCGGCUCUUGAUCUACAUCCCUCGCUAAAUAAUCUGGAACCCCCGCCACAGGAUACUGUGCUAGAGCUGAUCACAUCAGCCCAAAGCGACAAAGGAUGGAUCAGCACCCUUCACAUCGCCGCACAAAAGGGCCACGAGCGGAUCGUUCGGGUGCUGCUGCGCGCGAAUAUGGACCCCAACCAGACCGACAGCGACGGGCGCACGCCCCUGACGCACGCCACUAUUGAAGACCACGAGCCCAUCGUUCGGCUGCUUCUGAGUCAUGGUGCGCGGAUCGCUGUGUCUGAUCGGGAGGGCCGCUCGGCACUUCACUGGGCGGUAUUGCACCGUCGCCUGGGAGUGCUCCAGCUGCUGCUUGAGCAUUGGGCUAAGUCUGAGCGUGAUCUUGACAUCAAUGUUUAUGACGAGGCUGGGUGGACGCCGCUGCAUAUGGCCGUUGAUAGAGCUUUUGAGCCCGGGGUCCUUCUGUUGAUCCAGCAUGGGGCUGAUAUGGAUGCCAAGGCGCAGAAAUGUCGUUAUACUGGGAAGGUAGUACCUUUCAUGGAUGGACGAUGA